AUGGCAGAGGUAGAGCCAAGAAAAAAGAUCCCUUUGGUUCCAGGAAAUCUCCUGAAAAAGAGGAAGACUUAUCAGGCCCUCAAAGCCACCCAGGCAAAGCAGGCGCUUUUGCAAAGGAAGGAGCAGAGGAAAGGAGAAAAACUCAAGUUUAAGCAACUAGAAUGGUUCCUACAUGAUUCCUGGUGGCAACUACGUGACAGGGUGCGACUCAGACAACUAGAAGUGAAACCUCAUGGCUUGGAAGUGCCAGAUAAACACUCCUUGGCCUUUGUUGUACACAUCCAAAUGAUUAAUGGUGUGAGUUUACUGGUGCAGAGGACCAUUGCAAGACUUUGCCUGAAUAAGAUUUUCAGUGGUGUCUUUAUGAAAGUAUCUCCUUAA